AUAUUUACUAUAAACAUCAACAAAACAGUGACUUUGUCAAAUAUCACAUUCCAUAAACCAAACCACAUCAACGGGAGAGACUAUGGAAAAUCCUCACGAGCACCAGCAAAACUUGCUUCUCUCACGAAUCAUCACCAACGUAGAGAAACUCAAUGAAGCCAUCAUGCUUUUGAAUAAGAAUCUCCAGGAGAUCAAUAAUGCAAACACAAAUGUUGUUUUGGUUGCAGAUAUGUUCAAGAACUAUCAAUCCAAUGUUCUCUUUCAUUUAGAAGCUACCGACAGUCUCAAGGAGCCAUCAUGAUAGAACUGAAGAGAGUCUUCAUGGACAAGGAGCUGGCGUUUUUUGGCGGAGGUUGAUGCUUAGGAUGAUUUUUGAUUAAUGACUUACAAAGAUAAUUUCCACGACUUUUAAAAAUGUCCUACAAAAUCUGGUGCUGUAGAUUGUAGAUAUACGAGAUAGAGUAAGGUUAAUCGUGA